ACCAUCUCGAGACGAGAAGAGAUCUGAGGACUUUCGUCAGUAACGGUCUCGUAGAUUUUUCUCAAGACGUACAAGACGUUUUGGUCAUGAGCUCUGAAACGUUUUCCGGUCGUUAUCAUUUAAGAGAUGUUGGUGAACAUUUACCUUUUCCCUUGGUGGCGAGUUGUGUCAUACCUUUUCAACAAGUGAUGAGAAAAGCUAUCUUACCGAUUUUACAUCAUUGCAGUAAUCUAGAUGGACUGGCUUUCAUCCAACGUGUUUUAUCAAGGGGUCUGCAAAACCAAAUCCGACCGGACAACCCAGGUAUCCAACUGGUAUUGGACAUUGUUUCGGAAGGGGAUGAUUUCGGAACAAGGUCAAGAAAAGAGAAAGAAGAAGAAUUGGAAAUGUUGGUCAAUCGAGGAGAAUUGUUUGAACCGAUGAUAAGAGUUUGGGUCAAAGGUAUCAUGGCUGAACACAAACCGGAUUAUCUGAGAGAUGAAUUGAAACGUUUACAUGAAAAAGGACAUGGACAUGGUAAUCACGUUCAACACGCUCAACGUAAAUUGGAAUCGACCGAUGAGUUUUGGAAAGGGUAUGGUGCGAUAUUGAAGUUGAUGAUUCGUUUGCGCAAGUAGCGUAUUGGUAUCACCCAUCUAUGAAAGUAUUUGUAUAUGCAACCCACAUGGUGUAUGUAUAUGCAACCCACAUGAUAUUUGUAUAUGCAACCUACAUGGUAUCUG